AUGGGUGCUUGUUUAUGUAAACCAAAACUAGGUCACAAACGUCGAAAGCCACAUCGUCGUAUGCCUGCUUCUUCAGUAAGCUCCCCAUUAUCUGAUGCUCAUCUUAUUAUAAGUGAUACUUUUGAUUGUGAAGUUAACGAGGAAUAUCGAUUUAUUGAUGGAAGAAGAUUUCAUAAUGUCAGAAAUUCAAAGUAUAUGAUGCCUUGUGAUGAUGAUGAACUUGAUAGAUUACAUGUAUUGCAUUAUAUUUGUCGUUUCAUAUGGCAACGUAACUAUUCAACUCCAAUGCAUGAUAGAUUAAGUUCUGGUGCUCUUGUGUUGGACGUCGGAUGUGGUACUGGUACUUGGGUCGUAGAAAUGGCAAAUGAAUUCCCUAAUUCCCAUUUCACAGGUGUAGAUAUUGCUCCUGUGUUUCCGAGAGAAGCGAAGCCAGAAAAUGCUCAAUUUGUGGAAGCUAAUCUACUUGAUGGGCUACCAUAUAACGAUAAUACUUUUGAUUACGUUCACAUGAGGUUUCUAAUGACUGCCUUUAGUAAACAAGAAUGGGAACGUGGUUUAAAAGAAAUUAUCAGAGUAACAAAAACUAAUGGAAUUAUUGAAAUAAUGGAAGAUGAAAUAGAACCAAGAAACGAUGGUCCUAUAUCACGACUAUUACAUAGUGCAUUUUUGUCUGACCUCCUGUCACGUAAUAUUGACACUACGGUAUAUAAACACAUGACCGAUAUAUUGAUGAACACGCGACAGCUAACAAAUAUAAAAUUUGAAGAGAUGUCAACGCCUUUUGGUAAAUGGGCCGGUAGAGUUGGCGCGUUAUUAGCCGAAAAUACUGCCAAUAUAUUUCGUACUUUUCGAACUAAAUUUUCUUCAUUUCUUGGUCUUGAACCAGAAGAAUAUGAUAAAUUAUUGGAAGCUUGGCAUUGUGAAUUAAGCGAGUAUAAACCAUAUAAUGUCGGGUAUAGAUUUUUAGCAACAAAAUAUAAGUAA